AUGCAUCGGACACCAUCACCCGACAAGGACGAUAAUACAGACAAAUCGGCUGAAUUACAGGACUUCCUCGCUGCCCUCUUGGAAGACCCAGAGCGGGAGGCCGUGGCGUCUGAAAUCCAGGUCCUACAAUCCAUAUACGGAGACGAUGCGAUUCGCCUUUGGCGGCCGCCACUGAAAGACGGAAAGCGCUCUGCCUCUACGAGUCGGCGGGAUGGGACCAUCCGAUACGAAGUCGUGCAAAGUCUACCAUCCCCACACGAUGAUGUCUCCAUCAAAAUCCUUGUCUCCCUCCCCGAAACCUACCCAAAAUCCGCACCGCCCCAACUCCAGCUACUGUCAAAGUACAUCGGCUCCUUUGGCGCAGACGCGCAGCUCUUUGGGUCUAUCCUCCGGACGUACAUCUCCGUCAGUGGCGUUGAAUGGUCUGAGGACACUGUAUGCGUGUUUGAUGGGUUGCAGAACGUGCUCGAGCGGUGCGUGGCGUGGUAUGAGGACCGCCUGAGCGCCGAGAAGGCGGGCGAGCUUGUACGAGAGGAUGUCGCCGCGGCGAACAUGAACACCCGGACAACGUCGGGCUCUUCAUCCCCGCCAAUGGCAGAGCAACCGGGUGUGGGUGAUCAAAUGGCCUUAAACGAACCACCACCAGUGCCCGCUGCUUUACCUGCAGGCGUACACAUUUAUGUCGCAGAACCCAUCACGGACCGCAAAAGCGCGUUCAUUGGCCGCGCGUGCAGAAUCCAUCAUCCAUCAGAGGUACCUCUUAUCCUGUCGCAUCUGAUGUCAGAUCGCCGUAUAUCCCGCGCAGCACAUCCAAUCAUCAAUGCAUGGCGAUGUCAACUCGACUCUGUUCUACAUCAAGAUAAUGAUGAUGACGGCGAAACAGCCGCUGGAGGCCGCCUUGCGCACCUUCUACAGAUCCUCGAAGUAAACGACGUCUUAGUCGUCGUUACGCGCUACUUUGGCGGUAUCCACCUUGGGCCGGACAGAUUCAAGCACAUAAAUCAGGCGGCGCGCAAUGCACUUGAAUUGGGCGGCUUCCUCGAUGCGCCUGAGAAGAAAAACACGGGGAGAGGAAAGAAGCAUUAA